AUCAGUUACCCUAGACCAUCUCUUAUCGUAAUUAGCCUCCUCGUGAUCUACUUGUCGGUGUCUCUGGAUUGGUUAUUGUCACUAAACGGCGAAAAUGUAGUCUCCUAUGUGGUAAUAUUUGACGCCGGGAGCACUGGAUCACGAGCGCGAGUCUACACAUUGAGGUCAAACGCAUCAGGUGGGCGUUUGCUGGUCAACGAAAAGGCCUUUUCGGUCGAGCCAGGUCUCUCUGAGUUUGUCAGCCUUCCUAAUGAGUCUGCAGAAUAUCUACAGCCAUUGCUGGACCGGGUAAAAAAGUGCAUACCUCCCAAAAAGUGGGCUGAGACACCGAUAAUUUUGCGCGCUACGGCAGGUCUGAGAUUACUCCCAAACGAAACAGCCAGUGCGAUUCUCGAAUCUGUUGCUGGCGUUUUCAAUAAAUCUGGAUUCCGUCUGCCAGUCCAAGGGGCGGUUAGCAUAUUGGAUGGCACUGACGAGGGAUUCUUCGCAUGGCUCUCCCUGCAGUUUCUUCGAGGCGGGUCAUGCCUUGGCAAGGACCUGUCCACCGCCCCCAAAACGACGUCACAAGCCAUAUUUGACCUCGGUGGGGCCUCCUUCCAGUUGUCGAAUGAGGGCGUACACAGCUUACCCAGUGCCUACGAGGGAACUCAAUUCUUCUUUGCUCACAGCUACCUGGGUCUCGGACUUAUGACGGCAAUGCAUUCGAUGCUUUUGCGUUCUUCUAAUCUCUCUGCAGCCGAGUCAACUCGUCACCUUCAGUCUCCGUGUUUUCCUGCAAACACCACUGUACGUGAAUUUAAUGCAUUUUUUCUCUAA